CAAAAGUGAAGCAAGACGCUGCUUGACAUCGCAAACUUGCGAAAACUCAUUGAGUAUUGGAUAGGGGGUUAUCUAGGAAGAUAUCCUAUCUGAUUUUUGAUAUUCGAUUGGCUGAGUCGGUGGUUGAGUGAAUCCAGAACACUCGCGAAUUGCGCAAGCCGCAGCCAUGACGGACACAAAUGACCUUUUCAAGAAACCCUUACUCACAGGAAGUGGUAAGCGCAAGUUCGAACCAGUUCAAGACCCGAAUGAGCUCUACAAAGCUGCCAAGCUGGAAUCGAACGGUGAUGUGAAAUCUAAAGGAAAGGCGCCUAUGGUGGAAGAUGAGGAGGAAGAUGAUGGCAUGGCUGGUCCCGAACUCCCUCCUGAUUUCGACUCCGAAGACGUACCAGACGACGAGGAAGGACGCUUUUUUGGUGGAGGGAUGGAGCAAAAGACAGCAGAAGCAAUGCAGUAUAUCGAUCAACAGGAGGAAGGUGAUGUUGCGCCCGAGAAAUUCGAUUCUACUUGGGUGCGACGGUUUGCGCUGAACUUUGAGAAGAAGAUCUCUAAGAAUGCUGAACUGCGAGGAAAAUUCGAAAAUGAUCCACAGAAAUUCAUGGCUUCUGAGGCUGAUCUAGACGCCGAAAUCAAGGGGUUAUCAAUCCUAUCAGAACACCCGGAAUUGUACGGCGAGUUUGCAAAGAUGGGCUGUGUAGGGUCUUUGAUCUCUCUGCUGUCUCAUGAAAAUGCAGAUAUCGCUAUUGAUGCAAUUCAAAUCAUCACCGAACUAACAGAUGAAGAUGUCGAGGCUGAGCAAGAACAGUGGGAUACAUUGGUGAACACAAUGUUGGAUGCCGAUGUCAUUGAACUAAUGGUACAAAAUCUGUCUCGACUGGAUGAAGCGUCUGAAGCUGACAGGGCAGGCGUUUAUUAUAUACUCAGUGUAUUUGAGAGCUUAGCCUCACAAACAGCUAUUGCAGAGAAGAUUGGGCAAGACGCCUCAGUUCUGCCUUGGCUCUUGUCUCGUAUACAGCAGAAAGAGGCCCGGGUGGGUCAAAAUAAACAGUAUUCAGCAGAAAUACUAGCAAUUCUAUUACAGUCUUCUUCUAAAAACAGGGAGAAGUUUAUUGGCCUUGAUGGCGUGGAUGCCCUGCUUCAGAUCCUUAGUCAAUAUCGAAAACGUGAUCCUGAAAAAGACUCGGACGAAGAGGAGUAUGUGGAGAACUUGUUUGAUUGUUUAGUUUGUCUCGUCGAUGAAGAUGCUGGAAAGGACAAAUUCCUGGAAGGUGAAGGAAUCGAGCUUGCACAGAUCAUGCUCAAGGAAGGAAAAUUCAGCAAGCAGCGCGCUUUGAGAGUCUUAGAUCAUGCUUUGGGGGGAAUCGGAGGUGCCCCUGCAUGUGAACGAUUGGUUGAAGCAGCAGGCUUGAAAACCGUGUUUGGAAUGUUUAUGAAAAAGCAAGAAACUCAAACAAUUGAGCAUCUGUUGGGAAUUUUCGCUUCUCUUCUUCGUCUUCUCCCUGGAAGCUCUGCACCACGUAUCCGUGCCCUUGCAAAAUUCAUGGAGAAGGAUUAUGAGAAGAUUGGGAAACUGGUUAAAUUGAGACGAGACUAUGCUUCCAAGGUUACACCUGUCGAAAAAGCCAUUGCUAAAGAACGAAAGGAUUUCGAUAAGGAAGAACAAGAGCUCAUGGCAGCUGAGUGGCUGUCGCGACGUUUUGAUGCCGGCUUGUUUUCGUUACAGGUAAUUGACGUUAUAUUGGCAUGGCUUGUGGCCGAAGACGACGGAGCCAAGAAGAAGAUUGUAUCUCUUCUGGCAGACCGUGAUGAGGACUUGUCCCUUGUUCGGGCCACUCUGCAAGAGCAAAUCGAAGGAAUUACGGAUGAUGAGCCGGGCCAGAAGGACCAGAAGGAGAUGCUUGGAACACUCUUGCAAUUUUUGUGAACCCAUUCAUGAACUAUCUAUGUAAUAUACACUGGAUCGCAAAUCGAAAUCCCUAUGAGAAUAUCCUGAAUUAUUAUUUGGUCG